AUGAGGAUGGAUCGCUUUGGCUUUCACAUACGGCUGAGACGAUUUGCCCAUUCUUUGGACAUCGGAUGGAUAUUCACUCGCAAUGAGCCACCGGCGGUUGAUUUGAUAACACUCGAAUUCAACAAGAAGUUCACUAUUGCGGUUGCUAUUAUUACCAGAAGUAUUAUCAGUAUAUCUGCUUUUUUUAUUUCGCAAGCUUUCCUAACAAAGAAGAAUAACGAAGGCUCUGAAAUGGAUGUGAACUUUGGCGAGAAUUCUUUGACUCGAGCUGCAAAUCCACCAACAUCAGAACUUCAUGAGGGAGCCAACUACGACGCUAUUGUUCAAAUCACCUAG